UCAUGUUUGAACAUAAUUGGGAUAAUGCCAAUUAUAUAUGCCUUUUUACCCUGCUAAUUUUACUUAACAUUGUAUUUUGAGUUUUUUCCACAUCAGCAAAAAUUCUUAGGGAAAAAAAAUUAAUAUUGAGGAGGAAAAAGUUUUCCUUGACCCUCUUAGGGUCUAGAAAUUAAACUGACAAAGACAGAUUAACAGAAGAAGAGCAUACAGGUUUAUUUAGUAUAAGUUUUAUGCCACACAGGAACCUUCAUAAGGAAAUGAAGACCCAAAGAAACAGACCUGAGUAUUUUAUGCUAGGUUUGAUGAAAAGUGGACAGUCGUGGAGGAACACCAUAGUUGAAGGAGUCUGAGGUAACUGUAGAGGAAACGGGGAAAUUUAGCAAGGCCUGUUUGUUAAGAUUCUUCUUGGCAUCCCUGUGUCCUCAGAGAUAAGGAUGCUCUUUUCGUCUGUGUAUGGGAAGGGCACCCCUCACAUGAGGGUUUUAUGACCUGUUUCAGGGAAGAAGGGUGAGGCAGGGGGGAGGUCAGAGUGACAUUUCUCACAUUCCUUCAGCUUAAAAUAUCCAGUAUGCCCAGUUGCCAUUUUUUGGGGUAGUGUGUCCUGAACCCCAUCACAUUCACAGUUGUUUCUUGAAUGGCUAUUCUGUGCCAGAUUUUAUUUUAGGUGCUGGGGAUACAGCAGUGACCAGAACAAAGUUCUUAAUUCUCAUGGAGUUUACAUUCUAGUGGGAAAAGCUAGUAAGCAAAUCAGCAAAUGAGGAUCAUCUAACGAUAUGUGCUAUGAAGAAAACAAACAGAAUAAGGAUAUGUAGUCACUUUGCUUUUUAGUAAAGUUGUGCUAAUUUACCUUCCCUGCAGGAGUGUGUGUGUCUGUCUCACUUUAUUUUGUCAUCAGUGAAUAUGAUGAUUUUAAAAUAUUUGUUAAUUUUAUAGGUGAAUGAGUGAUAAUUCUUUGUAAUUUGUGUGUCUUUGAUUACUCAGGAAGUUGAACAUUUUAACAUAGUUAUGUGCAUUUCCUCUUCAUUGAAUUUUCUGUGCAUAUGCUCUGCUUAUUUUCCUGUUGAGGGCCGAGUGUUUUCCUCUGCUUUGAAUAAUCCCUUUACAUUACUAAUUUGUUGUUGGGUCCUUUAUAUUUAGUGGAUAGACAAGUGCUCUUAAACAGUGGUAUAGUGAGACUGUAAGAGGAAAGAAAAAACAGAGGAAGCCUGGAAUUCCCUUCUCCUCUUUCUGCCCCUCCUCCCUUCCUUCUAAUACAAUGAGGAAAAAGUGAUCAGAGAAGGAAAAAGUGUAGUUUAGGUGGAAAGAAGUGAAGAAAGAAAGAAAAAAAGUAGGUGGGCGAGUGAGAAGAGGAUGAUGAGACUAGAAGUGAGAAGAUGGGAGAGGCCAGAGAAGCGCAAAUCCCUAGGAGAAGAUGACUGUGUUCUUUAAAACACUUCGAAAUCAUUGGAAGAAGACUACAGCUGGAGUCUGCCUGCUGACAUGGGGAGGCCAUUGGCUCUAUGGAAAACACUGUGAUAACCUACUAAGGAGAGCAGCCUGUCAAGAAGCUCAGGUGUUUGGCAAUCAACUCAUUCCUCCCAAUGCACAAGUGAAGAAGGCAACCGUCUUUCUCAAUCCUGCAGCUUGCAGAGGCAAAGCCAGGACUCUAUUUGAAAAAAAUGCUGCUCCGAUUUUACACUUGUCUGGCAUGGACGUGACUGUCGUUAAGACAGAUUAUGAGGGCCAAGCCAAGAAACUCCUGGAACUGAUGGAAAACACAGAUGUGAUCAUCGUUGCUGGAGGAGAUGGCACGUUGCAGGAGGUUAUUACUGGAGUUCUUCGAAGAGCAGAUGAGGCUACCUUCAGUAAGAUUCCCAUUGGAUUUAUCCCACUGGGACAGACCAGUAGUUUGAGUCACACCCUCUUUGCUGAAAGUGGAAACAAAGUCCAACACAUUACAGAUGCUACACUUGCCAUUGUGAAAGGAGAGACAGUUCCACUUGAUGUCUUGCAGAUCAAGGGUGAAAAGGAACAACCUGUGUUUGCAGUGACUGGCCUUCGAUGGGGAUCCUUCAGAGAUGCUGGCGUCAAAGUUAGCAAGUACUGGUAUCUUGGGCCUCUAAAAACCAAAGCAGCCCACUUUUUCAGCACUCUUAAGGAGUGGCCUCAGACUCAUCAAGCCUCUAUCUCAUACACGGGACCUAUAGAGAGACCUCCCAGUGGAACGGAAGAGACCCCUCCACGGCCCUCUCUGUACCGGAGAAUAUUACGAAGGCUCGCGUCAUACUGGGCACAACCACAGGAUGCCCUCUCCCAAGAGGUGGGCCCAGAGGUCUGGAAAGAAGUGCAGCUGUCCGCCAUUGAACUGUCCAUCACGACACGGAACAGUCAGCUUGACCUGACGAGCAAAGAAGAUUUUAUGAACAUCUGCAUUGAACCUGAUACUGUCAGCAAAGGAGACUUCAUAACUAUAGGAAGUAAGAAGGUGAGGGACCCCACGCUGCGAGCUGACGGCACGGAGUGUCUCCAGGCCAGCCAGUGCACUCUGCUGCUUCCUGAGGGAACAGGGGGCUCUUUCAGCAUCGACAGUGAGGAGUAUGAAGCGAUGCCUGUGGAGGUGAAACUGCUCCCCAGGAAACUGCAGUUCUUCUGUGAUCCGAGGAAGAGGGAACAGAUGCUGCAGAGCACAGCCCAGUGAGCAGACGGAGGAGAAGCUGUGUGCUCUGGGACUGCAUUUUAGGCCACCAGUGGGACCAAAAGGGAACGAAGCCUCACCUGUCCCCCCAGUGUUGUCAGAGGAUCCCAAGGGCAUUUUCAUGGCAAGUACCCACCGCCUUUCUCUAGCAGUGCUUCCCAAAGUGGACUCAUUGCCACUCACUUUGCAGUCGCCUUUCCGUUAGCACAUGCUUUUCCGUUGGUGUGACUGCUGAUCCCUCCUCAUACUGAUUUUCCUCAGGCUAGUUUCAGGAGAUUCUCACCCUCAGUGGAUGGAGAAGGGUUAGACCUUGUCAUCUCGCCAAAGUGUGAUCACGGGGGAGAGCAGGUUCCUAGACUGUGCAGCUCCUCCGUUCCUGCUGUUCUGUGGCCGUCCUAGGACUUCCAGGGAAGUGCCUGCCUUCCCCACUGCCUUGUCCUCCCCCUAGGCUUCUCCAUGGGUCCUGCUGCUUCGUGAGCUGAUUCUUAGUGAGCCUGUUCAGUUCUGCCCUCCAUCCAGAAACAUGUGAGGUGUUUCCCUCUUCAGCUAUGGCUGAAAUCCUGUAAAAUACUAGUUAUUUUUUUUAAGUAGUGCUUCUUAAAUGUUGGUUUGCAUGAGAACAACCUGGGGUGCAUGUUGAAAACUGACUCACUUGGAACCCAAACAACUCAAUCCAGGGAUGAAGCCCAGGAAUCUGCAUUUUUAAAAAAGCAGCCACCCUCCCCAGGGAGGUGCCUCAAUCCUACCUGCACAGAUAGUGUAAAGAGUGGUCCACACAGGUCCACUGUUCUGCUCGUGUCCUCCCUAAAAGUAUUUUGAAAAAUCAUGUAGCCCCUCCUACUCUUAAGGUGACAUCUAAAAUUUUUUCUGGGAAGUUAAAGGUUGCCAAAGUAUGUAUUUUCUGGUGUCAUGUAAAUAUUGAUAUUUUAAAAUAAAACUGUUACAUCACUCUUUUAAACAUAUUCAGUGUAAUUUAAAUACAUAGCAAUUUGACACAUCAUUAUUUACAAAAAUAAAUGACUAAGUUCUUUGGUAGUUGAAAAUUUUAAGUUGACUUUUCUCUUUGUAUAUGCAUUUCCAUACCACUUUCUGUAAUC